AUGAACAUCCCAUUGCUUAAGGCGAUCCAAGAGAUCAUGGGAUACUCUAAGUUAAUGAAAACGUUGAUGUCCAAAAUGAAGCUUGUUGAAGGUGACACCAUUGAGGUCACUCAUAGGUAUAGUGCUAUCAUGGAUAGUAAGGUUACGGAAAAUAAAGAUGACACCGGAGCAUUCGCUAUUCCUUGUACAAUUGGAACACAUGAGUUUUCAAAAGCUUUAUGUGACCUUGGUACGAGCAUUAACUUAAUGCCUUUUGUUAUCUACAAAAAUCUCAGAUUGGAUGCCCCUACACCGACCUCUAUGCGACUUUUAAUGGCGGACUGGUCCAUUACAAGGACGGUGGGAAUUUUGUUUGAUGUCCUUGUUAAAGUGGACAAGUUUAUACUUCCAGUGGAAUUCAUAGUAUUGGAUUGUGAAAUUGACAAGAAGGUAUCUAUUAUCCUUGGUCAUCCUUUCUUGGCAACCUGA